AAACGAUGGGGACUUAUCGAUCGAGGCGGAGGGAUAGUCAGUCCGGUGCCACGUACGUAUCGCACAAGCAGAUUUCCCCCUUUGACGCGCGAAGAUGACGAAGUUCCUGCUCGUAGCGACCGCGGUGGUGGCGGCCCUGGCCUGUAGUCUGUCGGCCGUCGAGGCGCUGGACCGCGACAAGAUGCUGGACGUGGUAGGCACGGUGCACGGCAACCGCCACAUUGUGGUCGAGUACGACGACCUGGAGGAGGAUCGCGAGGAACGCAAGUGCUACGGCCACUUUACACGGGACAUCGACCCGGUGUGCGGCUCGAACGGCAAGAAAUACACCAACCUCAGCAUGUUUAACUACCGCAAGUGCAUGAUGAAGAUCCAGGAGGACACGGAGAUCCAGCUCGUGGACAUGGACUUCUGCAAGGACGCCGAGAUGGAGGACAUGGAGCACAUCGACGAGGACGAUGCGUCCUAAACGCGCAAGGCAUUUGGAAGGGAGGAGGGACUUGUCUAACGUACCGCAUAAGGCUACCGACGGUGUUUAGCAGAGACCUUGGCUGUCCACCAAGAGUUUCAUGUGACGAGUCCGCUGAGGCGCUUAGGGACGUAGUGGGUCGCCUGCGCAUUAGGUGGCGGCCACGCGUCCGUGUAUGAUAAUUCAGCAACAUGAAAUAUGUCUAUUCGAUGUGGUCUUGGUCUUGGCUUCACUUUGGGAGGUGAACGGAUCAUUAGGGCUAUCGCGAAGCAGAUCCCAUGAGCC